GUGAGUUUACAUCUUUAGGUCGAAGUUUCUUUUAGGUCAAAAUUCCAAUAUGGCGUCAGCAAUGGAUAUCGACGAUGAGGAGAUUGAUUUACCCACUUCCAGUAGUGGUAAAGGGGAGAAAAAACGAUUUGAAGUAAAGAAGUGGAAUGCUGUGGCUCUCUGGGCUUGGGAUAUCGUAGUAGAUAAUUGUGCAAUCUGCCGCAAUCAUAUAAUGGAUCUGUGUAUCGAAUGUCAAGCCAAUCAAGCCUCUGCCACCAGUGAAGAGUGCACAGUAGCUUGGGGUGUUUGUAACCAUGCAUUCCAUUUCCAUUGCAUCUCCCGCUGGCUGAAGACUCGCCAGGUUUGCCCACUCGACAAUCGCGAAUGGGAGUUCCAAAAGUAUGGUCACUAACUGGAUGUUCUCAACUGCCAAGGACAUCAGAACCGUCGAAAAUUAAAAAACCAACAGCUGUUUAAAUUGUAAUGAAGACUCAAAUUUUCCUUUAUUAAAAGCAAUCUAUGCAGCAUUUAGAUUCUUCUUCAAGGUUCAUAGCCCUAGCAGUUUUUCCUAAUCACAUUAAGAAACGCUUGUCUGUCAGAUUGUGUAUUAAUUUGAUAAUUUCGACACUUAGACUCGUCUGCAAAGAACUUUAAUAUUAAUAAUUUUAGCUAAUAUUAAAGUCACAGCGCGAUAUCUACAUGCGUAACUUAUAAUUGUAAGAUUCGAAAUAAAUGAGAUACUCUAAGAAAAA